UCAUUUUGUCAAGCAACAUUUGUCUCAAACAAACGGAAAUUCAAAAAGCAUGCUUUUCGUCUAAACUAAAAACCCCAACAUUAUUUUUCAAGCAUUUUUCGCCUUGCUGCUUUAUCUAAAUUUGCUUGCCAUCCCCAAAUAUGUCUCAAACUCCCUGUGGAAAAUGCACGGCAUGUCCGUGCUCGACUGCCUCGAAAAAGGAUAAUCGUGCGGCCGAGCAGCAAAGACCGCCGCCCAAAAUUGACUGCCAAUGUGCCACUCGCCGCCAACAAUCGCCCACAGCCCCAGUUCAAGCGCCACUGGCUGAUACCAUCACCUGCGUGCGACCAAAACCGGAGCCAGUGCGUCAAGUGCCGAUGGAAGAGCGCUGCACAUGCCGCAUAAAGCCGGACCCGGUGCAGUGUGAAUGCCCAGCACCAGCUCAACCACCCGAACGCACUGCGCAGGAGGAAAGAGCAGCUGCAGCUCCUCCGACACAUCAGCAGGUUAUAUGCGGGCAACAGCCACAAUCGCAAUAUCAUCAACCGCCGCAAUACACGCCAGUGGCAGCAGCACAGUGCGGACACUGUCGAGCUCAGAAGAAGAAAAAAGAAGUGCAUCAUACAGUGAAGAGAGAAACGUGGCAGUUUCAAUCCACAAAUAGGUUCUACAGCUAUACAAGUUCGCAGCAGCUGGUGGAAAGAGAAAUUACAACGCAGGUUCUACUGUUAGAUGAAGCAACAGCGUCCCCAAUAUACGGCAGCCACACGUAUUGGUGUUGUGGACUCUGGAAGCAUAAUCAUAGCAGGCUUUUUUUAGGAUGGCAAGUCACAACAAAAAAACAUUUUAAAUCUGUUAGCAUUGAACUUCUCGGAAUGAAAUAGUAUCCAAAAAAAAUUUAAUAAAAAAAUGAAUUACUGAAUUUCUGAACUCGACAAAAUUCAAGUGUUCUCUAUUUCAAUCCGUUUUACUCCACCAGUUAACCUUAGCAAAUGGCGGAACAGAGCUCAAACGUUCGAAUUGCCUCAGGCGCUGGAAAGUGCUCGUGCAAUUCGCGAUCUGAUGACAAAGAGAGGUCAGGAGCUCAGAAAUCGAGUUGUCUCUGUCCUCCACCGACACCAGCAUCGGUGCCGGCGCCAGUUAUGCAUUGUGGAGGUCCCACGGGCGCAAAUUGUGCAGUCAGAAAUGGUCCGCCGCCUCAGCCCACUUAUACAACACCCAAGCGGCAGGGACAGUGCAGCCAUUGCAGGGGGAAGCAGGGAAAGAGACGCUGUAGCAUUCAAUGAAAUCGCAGCAGGCGUUUAAGCAGGCAAGCUGCCCACCUAUUUGAAUUUUAAUCUCGUUGCUCAAAUCAUUUCAAAAUUCGUAAAGCGCUAUACACAGUCAAUACUUUCCAAUCUCCAAAAUGUCGAGCUGUCCAUAUUCGCAGGCGUCAAAGGCGGAACAACAACCGGAGCAGCAGCAACAGGCGGCCGCAUGUCCGGCGCCUUCAGGUGGUGGAUUGGGUGUGGCACCUAAUCCCGAUUGCAAAUGCACACCGUUACCGGCAGUGCCAUCACGACUGCAGCCCGAGAUUAUAAGAAUUCCAUGCUCGAGCACCGCAGGACAGGGAGCCAACAACGAGUAUGGCUGCCGUCAACAGCGACGUUCAAAAUGCUGCCUUCAAUGAAGAAGUGAUGGAACAUUCGAUAAUGAUUGGUGACAACAAGGAGUGAAAUAAUUAUGGCUGCCAAACAGAUAAUCAGAGUGAAGGAUCGAUUUUUUUUUAUGAUGAGUAUUAUACAAAAUCCAAGUGAUCCAGAUCUAUUGUCAACAAAGCAGGCGCUUCACUUAUUUUAACUUGACAAAACAGAUUCAUUUGAAUUCAAAAAAAUAACAAUAACAAAAAACCAAAAUAUGGCUAGCACCAACAAAAUUCACAGUUUUCUUCACGAACCACGACAAUAAAUUCUCAUCUAAAAACGA